CAUAAUCCAUCUGUGCUGUCCACGUCUCCGCUGACGGAUGAUCAGUCCGGCUGUGAUGGCCGCGGUCGAGCUGGCACUUUAUCCGCGUGAAAAACACAGCGACCCAAAACAAACCUGAGCCAGAAACCUGCCUGUCCAUCUGUGGAUAUAACCCGGCGACCAGGUCUUCGUGAUUUCUGUGGAUUUAACACUUAUAACCCGGCGUUUUGUCUUUGUUUAUGUCAAGAAGUUUUGAACCAGCUGGAAUCCGGAUCCGCCGCUGAUUAACUAUUAUUACGUCUAUUAAAAACAAACCAGCGUAAAACGCUAGUUAUUAUUAAUUAGCUUGAGUUCAUGAAGCCCUCGCUCGCACGGAUCUGUGCUGUCAAUGCAUUGUCUGUGUGCCUGAAAGGCCCGUGUCGGUGAUUAAGGGUUAGAUCCGGUUCGGUUCAUCAUGUCGUCCUGGCUGGGAGGGUUAGGCUCUGGCCUGGGUCAGAGUUUGGGUCAGGUCGGGGGAAGCUUGUCUUCUUUCACCGGGCAGAUCUCCAAUUUUACCAAAGAUAUUCUGCUGGAAAGCGCCGAGGAAGUGGGAGAUGCUGCCUCUGAGCUGCAGGUGUCCAACUCUAGAUUGGAGGAACUGGAGACUUUAUAUGCAACACAAAAAUCUGAGUAUGAGCGCUUGCGAAGAAUAAACUCUGAGCUGGAGGAGAAGCUAGAGGCGGCAGAGAUUCAGGUCAAACAGCAGUCAGUGGAAUACAGAACCCUUCUGCAACAGAAAGAGGUGGAGAUCAGUCACCUCAAGGCCCGUCAGAGUGGACUGCAGGAUGAGGUUCAGAAACUCCAACAUUCUGCUCAGGCUGCAGCCAGCUCAUCCUCUUCUGAUGUUGCUGUACUUCCUGUUACCACUGCUGCCACUACCACUACUUCGUCUUCCUUUCUGCACCGGUCUACAGCUGUCCAUCAAGGCUUCCAUGGCGAUGAGGUAGACCUCAGUGAUGUCCUGUGGUCACAGCAGGAAAUUAACCGUCUUUCCAAUGAGGUGCAUCGUCUAGAGGCUGAAGUGGACCACUGGAGGAGAGUUGCUCAGGCAUCCAAGCUACCAGGAGUUGAUGGUAACGGAGACCAGGGUGAAGUUCUGAAAAUGCAAAGAAUGAUAAAGGAGCUGAGAGAGGAAAUGGCACGGGAGGUGGAUGAGCACCAGCAUGAACUGACAGCAUUGCAGGACGCCCAGAGGCAGAAAAUGGCUGAAAUCUCAAAACGGCACAGAGAGGAACUGGCAGAGUAUGAGGAGAGAAUCGAGGAGCUUGAGGAGCAGCUUCAAAGUGAAGGUGGAAAUGUUGUCCAAAAAUCAACCACAGUACAGGACUCUGCCAAACUUCAAGAGUUGCAAUCGACCAUACAGUCUUUACAGGAGGAGGCGGAGCUUCAGCGCAAACAGCACAGCGAUCUAUUGGUCAGUUUGGAGGAGGCAGAGCAUCAGAAGGCUAAGCUAGAGAGGGAAAAGGAGGAGGCUACAGCAGAAAAUACAGAAUUGUUGCAGAAUUACAGUCGCCUUCAGAAGUCUGUAAAUGAACUCCAGGCUCGAGUACAGGAACAGGAAGGGAAGUCUAUGCUGAAAGCCCAGCAUGACAAUGAGAUACAAACCCUGAAAAAAGCUCUGGCAGGUGCAGAGAAAGAGAUGGCUAGAUUGAGGACUCUCAGUGAGAGCAGUCCUAUAGAAGUAGAACAUGCUGACAUACUGGAGCUCAACACCAUCAUUGAUACCCUCAAGAAAGAGAAGGAAGAGGUGGAGAGAGAAAAGCUUACAUUAGUUGAGAAACUGACCCUGGCCAAGAAGAGACACAAGGCAGGAGAGUCAGAAAGUGUUGUGGAACUGUCACAGGAAGUUUCGGAUUUAAAGAGUCAGCUAGACCAACGGGAGCAAGCUCUAAAGCAAGCCCAUCUUGAUAUAGAGACACUCAGUGCUGAACUGGAAGAACUGGACAAGCAGAACCAGGAGGCCACACAGCAUCUUAUUACAGUGAAGGAACAGCUGUCCCUGCAGAAAACCCAGGCCGAUACAGAAAAAUCCCAUCUUCAGUCAGAUCUCAACUCCUCCCUUGACCAGAGACAGACUCUUCAACUGGAGCUGGAAGCUCAGGGGGAGAAGCUAAGUCAAAGUGCCUUCUCCUUAAAUGAACUGCACAUGGCAAAGCAGCAACUGGAAUCCACAAUAAAAGAGUUGAGGGAAAAGUUGUGCAAGUCACAGGAUCUGGGCAAAGAGCUGCGGCAGGAGUCCUCUGACCUCAAGAUGGCGCUUCAGGAAAGAGAGACAGAAUUUACUGCACUUCGUGAGAAGUUAAGUCAUUCUGGGGAGCAGGGGAACGCGUUAGAGGAACACAGGAAGGCACUUGAGACAAAGGAUAAAGAGAUCCAGGACUUGAGAACAGAGUUAUCAGAAGUGAAGACCUCCUACGAGGGGGCCGUUUCAGAGGAUUUUGAAUUGAAAAUUGAAAAUAGAAAGUUGAAAGAAGAGAGCACUCAGGCUUUAGAAAAGAUUGACAGUUUGGAAAAGCAGAUCCAAGAUGGUCAAGCCUCUCUAAGCAGGAUGUCCCUGGAGAAAGAUACCCGCAUUGAAGCCUUGAAACUAGAGAAGAGCCAAUUAGAAUCUGAGCUAAGCCAGACUGAGAAGCGACUAUCAGAUCAGGCCAAACAGUAUCAACAAACCAUCGACGAACUAACCAGAGCACGCUCUCUGGAUGCCUCUGCGCUACAGACCGAACACGAGCGAAUGGUGAAACUGAAUCAGGAAAAAGAUCUCGCAAUUGCAGAACUCAAGCGUGAGAUAGAGCAGAUGGUCUCUGACCACAAAGACACCAGUGAGAUGCUGGACAUCACUGUGGCAGGCCAAAAUCAACUCACCGAGCUAUUGCAGGAGAAGGACGCCUUUGCCAAAAGCCUAAAAGCUCAAGCUACAGAAGCACAACAGGAAUUAGAGUGCAAGUUCUUGGGAGCAACUCAAGAGUGUAACUCUCUAAGAAAGUGGGUGGAGGAGAAGGACAAACAGCUUGGAGCCAUGAAAGAAGAAAACAGCCAUCUAAAAGAAGAGAUCGACCGUCUGAGGGACCAGCAAAGCAGACCGCCAUUAUUGUCAGAGCCACGGACACUGGACAUCAUCACAGAGCUUGAGACUGAGGUGGCCCAGCUCAAAGCUGCCAGAGAUCAACUCGAAGAAGAGGUCCAAUCGUUGAGGAAGGUAUCAGAGGAACAGCAGGCCACAACGCUGCAGUCCCAGCGUUCUCUGCAGGUGUUACAGAGUGAACUUGAGCAAGCACGGACAAGACAUGAACAAAGCUCACUCAAUUACGAAAGACUCAUCACUGCUAAGGAUGAUGAGAUUGUCCGGCUUCAAUCAGAAGUGGAGGGCCUGAGCACACAAAGACAGAAUCAAAUACAGUCUGUAGAAAUCUUACAGGAGGACAAGACCCAGUCGCUGAAUGGUGAAAACGGUAACGAGAAACAUGACCUUUCGAAGGUGGAGAUUGAGAAGCUUGUGAAAGGCAUCAAGGAGAAAGAGACUGAGAUUAACCAGCUAAAUGAGAAGAACCUGUCUCUAACCAAACAGCUCGACCAGCUUGUGGUCUCUCAAAAUGAGCUGGGAAAACUCUCACAAAUGGUGCUUCAAAAAGAUCGAGAAAUCCAGGCGCUCCAUGCUCGGGUGUCUGGUGGCCAUGGUCAAGAUGUGGUGUUCCUGCAGCAGCAGUUGCAGGCGUAUGCAGUGGAGCGUGAACAGGUGUUGGCCGUGCUCAAUGAGAAAACCAGAGAAAACAGCCAGCUGCGUUCGGACUACCAUCGCAUUAUGGACAUUGUUGCAGCCAAGGAAGCCGCCUUGUUGAAGCUCCAGCAAGAAAACCAGCGGCUCUCCACUAUGAGCGACCCUUCAGGCAGUCAAGAGAUGUUUCGAGAGACCAUUCAGAACCUCUCCCGCAUCAUUCGUGAGAAGGAUAUUGAGAUUGACGCCUUGACUCAGAAAUGUCAGACCUUGGUCUCUGUCCUCCAGACAUCUGGUGCAGGCGAUUCUGUAAGUGGUGGCUCGGGGGGUGUUAGCAGCAACCAGUUUGAGGAGCUCCUACAAGAACGUGACACUCUCAAACAGCAAGUGAAGAAGAUGGAGGAGUGGAAGCAGCAGGUGAUCACAACUGUAAGGAACAUGCAGCAUGAAUCUGCUCAGCUACAAGAGGAGCUGCUCAAGCUGCAGGGACAGGUUUCUGCAGAUAGCGACUGCAGCUCAAAGCUCUCUGUGGAUUACUCCAGACUUAUUCAGAGCUAUGAGCAGAAAGAGAAAAAGCUGGGAUUUUUGAGUCAAGAGCUGGCACAGGUGCAGCAGACCAUCAGCCAGCUGAGUAGUACCAAAGAAGUCCUGCUUGGGAAGCUUGGCAGUGUCAAGCAAUCUCCAGAAGCUUCUGCUGUGAUGGCUACCCAGGCUUUUGCCCCUCCAAACCUGAAGGGGACAGCACCACUAGGCCAAGAUGAGAGCCUACAUCAUGAGUUGCAGUCAAUGCAGAGAAUUUUAGCAGAGAAGGAGAGCAUGAUAAGAACUCUGCAGGAAAACAAUCAUCGCUUGUCGAAUUCUGCAUCUCUGUCUGAAAGUGAGCAGAGAAGCCAUACAGAGGAGCUCAAGCAGGCCAGAGAGAAGCAAGAAUCGCUACAGCGCUCCCUCAGAGAGAAGGAUCUGCUCAUUAAGACCAAGGGAGACCAACUCAGCCAGGUGAGUGAAAGUUUACGUAAUCGUGAAAAUGACAACGAGGUCUUGAAGCAGGCUGUGACAAAUCUAAAGGAGCGUGCCCUGAUCCUGGAACUCGAUGUGAAGACGCUAAAGGAGGAGAAUGAAGCGAUAGCGGGAAAAGCUCGCGAGAAAGAGACAGAGUUCCGUGCCCUGCAGGAAACCAACAUGCAGGUGUCACUGCUGCUUCGGGAACAAGAGUUUCAGUUCAGUGCUGUGAAUGAGAAGGCCACUGCCAUGGAGAAGAUGCUAAAAGAUAAAGAGCAGGGUAAAUCUGGUGAGCUGAACCAAUUGUUGAAUGAAGUUAAGUCCAUGCAGGAGAAGGCAGUGUUGUUUCAGCAGGAAAGAGAUCAAGUGAUGAUGGCCCUCAAACAAAAACAAAUGGAGACGACUGCUCUUCAGAGUGAGCUGCAGCACACACGAGAUAAAGAGCAGCGCCUGAAGCAGGAGGUGGAGCGUUUGCGCAAUCACCUGUUAGAGAUUGAGGAUUCGUACACACGUGAGGCUUUGGCAGCUGAGGACAAAGAGGGAGAUCUGAGACGCAAAGUGGCACUCCUGGAAGAGCGGUUAACAUCUUCCUCCAAUGCUGUGGAGAGUGCAAGUCAGCAGGCUAGCCUGCAGGUCGAGUCUCUCCAGGAGCAGCUGAAUGGUGCUGUCAGACAGAGAGAUGAAGCACUUAUUCAGCUCUGUGCUUCUCAGGAUCAGGUCAACCAGUAUGCAGUGUCACUCUCUAACCUGCAGAUGGUGCUAGAACAGUUUCAACAAGAAGAAAAAGCCAUGUACUCAGCAGAACUGGAAAAACACAAGAGGGAGAAAGAAGAGUGGAGAACUAAAGCAGAAAAUCUUCAGGAUCAGGCAGCCGCUCUGCAAAUAAACCUGGAUGAAGCGAACGCAGCUCUAGAAUCUGCCUCUCGCCUCACUGACCAGCUGGACCUCAAAGAGGAAGAGAUAGAAGAUCUGAAGAAACAAGUGGAUCUGAGACAGGAGAUGUUGGAAGAGGCUCAGAGAAAACUGAUGAACCUCCUGAACAGCACCGAAGGCAAAGUGGAUAAGGUUCUAAUGAAGAAUCUUUACCUGGGCUAUUUUCAUACCCCCCGAAACAAGCGCUCUGAGGUGAUGAGGCUUAUGGCUAAUGUGCUUGGGUUGGACCGAGAUGAGGUGUCCGAGUUGUUACAGGAAGAGGGCAAGAGUGGGGUGACCGGAUGGGUCUCGAGUUUGCUGGGAGGCAGAGCUGUUCAGAGUGUACCCAACACUCCCCAAAGGCCUACCCAUACACAGAACCUCAAUUCGUCCUUCUCUGAGAUGUUCGUGAAGUUCCUUGAGGUGGAGUCUACUCCUGCACUUCCUGCCCCUAAAUUACCUGUUUAUGACAUCAAGCCUCUGAGUGCGCCCCCACCUGGCCGGAGUACUGCAAGCACACCUGCAUCAGGUGUUUCAGGCCCAGGUAAGCGCACUGGGGAUUCAAACCCCUUCCUGGCACCCCGGUCUGCAGCCGUACCCCUCCUCAAUCCCGCAGGUGCAGGCAGCACUGCAGGUGCUGGGGGCCACCUGCUUAUGAAGCCCAUCUCAGAUGCCCUGCCCACCUUUACACCUGUACCUGUGUCGGCUGAGGCCAGUGGUGGAGCUGUGCUCAAAGAUUUGCUCAAGCAGUGAUAUCAGCCAUCUGUACUGCCACUCAAAGCACUUUAGCUUAACAGGACGCUACGUUCCGGCAGAUGGAAACAGAAAACUGGGCCACGUCAUGGAUUCAAAUAUUUACUAAAAUGGCUGAUUGCCAUCAGAAUAAAAGAAUGAUAAAGCAUCUAAGGGCUGCCGUGCUUGUUAAAUUUGACUAAACCAAGGCCUAAGUUUGACAGAAUUGAAUUCUGUUUGCAAGCUGGGGAAGAUUACAUUAUCGAAUAUUCUUGUGACCUUCUCCCAACAUUUACUUAAUGUCGUGCAAACAUUCAGCUUGUCAUUUUUAGACAAAGAGAGGUGUUUAAUGUUUUUCUAGUGUGUUGAGAGACUGUCUGAUGCUGUCUGGCAUCCACUACACAAAUGGAUUUAUUAAACCUUUUCCACUUCUGCAAAGACACUACAGAUAGUCUUUCAAAAUCCUCCCAUUUUGAGUGCUAUGAAUGGUUGGCCGUAUGGUAUAGUAGGUACAAUAGCAGUUAAUCAAGAGGUGAGAUUCGAUCUUGGAUUUAGACUGCUGCUCAUGCUCCCAUGCAGUACAAGCGUGCAGUUAUGUUAUUUAUUUGUACAUCAAUCAUAUUUUUCACUGUUUAUGCAGUGAGCAUAAGCUGAAAUGUAUCUGCAAUAUUCAGACCUUUCUAAGGUAGAAAGAAACAUUAUGUAUAUACAAUUUAGAAAACAUGCACACACAAAGGAAAAUGAAAGUGCAAAUUAAGUGUAAAAAUGACCUGUAUAUUUUAAAAUUGUUUAAUGAACAAAUAAUACACCUCUGUUAUAAUAAACAUUAGUUUAUUACGACACAGGCCUCCUAAUUCAGUGGGUUCCAACCAAAUAUUUAAAAACGCCAUUUCCUUGAGGCCUAAUAUGAAGAAUUGUUUUUUUUGUUUUGUUUUAUUUUUUGAGAAAAUGGCCUUAGUAAUUCUCUUUUGGGUUACUAUAUCUUUCAUAAAAGUUGGGUGCACUUAAAUAUAUAGAUUUAGGAUACAUUUAUACUUUUUAGGGUAUAUAUUUUGCGCUGGUGUUUAUUUAAAGUUGAUCAAUCUUUUUGAAGUUUGAAAGACUGCUCAUGAAAGUGAUAGUCAACAACAGUGUUUCUCUUUUCUGCUGA